CCCAGAAGCAAGGAGAGGAAUCUGGGGUUCCGCCGGAAGCCGGAAGCGCCACGCUAUCUCUGAGCAGGCGCAAUUGGGAAGUGGCUGUUAAUCUUUUCCACUGACUAAGGAGGAGGUUGGGGCGAUAUGAUCGCCGCAGGGUGAUUUAUGUAGUCCCUUUCAUCUCUCAAGCUCAGAUCCUGUGAUGUUUCAGAAAUUACUGACAUUUCAAGAUGUUGCUGUGGAAUUCACCCAGGAGGAAUGGAGCUAUUUGGAUCCUGGCCAGAAGGACAUGUACAGGGACGUGAUGCUGGAAAACUAUGAGAACUUUGUCUUUCUUGGGCUUUCAGUAACUAAACCAACUGUGAUUUCUCGGCUGGAGAGACAUGAAGCCCCCUGGCUAUCAAGGGAAGAAGACCCCAGAUGCAUUUCUGAGGAUUCCCCUGCUGAAAAAAGAGAAUGUGAAACCAAAGAGUCAAUUCCAAAAUAUUGUAUUACUACCGGAGCGACAUCCAAACAGGGACUCAUAAAGGAUGAUUUCUACAAAUCUAAAUUGGGAGCAGCUCGGAAUUAUGACACUGGAUUAGAAAGGCAGAUAAACAACCUAGAAAGACAGUCCAUGAAGCUAGUAAUGAAGCAUAACAAAACUUCAUGUAGCAGAAUUUCCGUUGUGAAGAAUUUUUGUAAGUUUUAUAAGUACAAGAAGCCUUUCAAUUACCACUCAAAACUGAAUCAUUCCCAUAGAGUGUGUUCUCAAGGAGAACCUCAUAGAAUUAAUGAAUGUGACAAAUCCUUACAGAUCAGUUCAUGCUUUAGUGUACAGGGAGGAAUUCAUGCUGGAGUGAAAGCUCAUAAAUUUGGUGAAUAUGAUAAUGCAUCUGGCUGCAAACCAUACCUUAGUGUUCCACAGAAAAAUCUUCAAGAAGAAAAGCCUAUUAAACAAUAUAAUAAUGGUAGUAAAACUUUUAGGCAGAGGAGAUAUUUUUCUCAACAUAAUAGAGUUUCUUCUGAAGAGAAACCCUAUAACUGUACCAAAUGUGGGAAAACUUUCAGCCUUAAGGAAAUCUUUAUUAAACACAAGAAAAUUCAUACUGGAAUGAAAUCCUAUAAAUGUAAUGAAUGUGGAAAAUCCUUCCCUCGGAUCGAUCACCUUAAGAGACAUGAGAAAAUUCAUACUGGAGAGAAGCCAUUUAUAUGUAAAGAAUGUGGAAAAGCCUUCAUGUUUAAGGGAAUCCUUCAUAUACAUGAGGCAAUUCAUUCUGAAAAGAUGCCUUAUAAAUGUAAUGAAUGUGGGAAAGCCUUCAAACGCAAGGGAACCCUGAAUAUACAUAAGAGAAUUCAUACUGGAGAGAAACCCUUUAAAUGUAAUGAAUGCGGAAAAGCCUACACUCAGAAGUAUCGCCUUAAUAUGCAUAAAAAUGUUCAUACUGGAGAGAAACCCUAUAAAUGUAAUGAAUGUGGAAAAACUUUCACUCAGAAGUAUCACCUUAAUAUGCAUAAGAAAAUUCAUACUGGAGAGAAACCAUAUAUAUGUAAAGAAUGUGGGAAAGCCUUCAUGUUUAAGGUAAGGCUUGAUAUACAUGAGGUAAUUCAUACUGGGCAUAAGCCCUAUACAUGUAAUGAAUGUGGGAAAGCCUUCCGCCAGAAAGGAGGCCUUAGUUCACAUAAGAGAAUUCAUACAGGAGAGAAACCCUUUAAAUGUAAUGAAUGUGGAAAAGCCUACCAGCAGAAGGCAGGCCUUAAUUCACACAAGAGAACUCAUAGUGGAGAGAAACCCUUUAAAUGUAAUGAAUGUGGAAAAGCCUAUCAGCAGAAGGCAGGCCUUAAUUCACACAAGAGAACUCAUAGUGGAGAGAAACCCUUUAAAUGUAAUGAAUGUGGAAAAGCCUUCAGGGACAAGACAGGCCUUACUUCACAUAUGAGAACUCAUACUGGAGAGAAACCAUUUAAAUGUAAUGAAUGUGGAAAGGCCUUUAGGGAGAAAAGAAGUCUUACUUCACAUAGGAAAAGUCAUAAUUGAUAUGAAACUAUGUAAUGAAUGUGGAAAAGCCUUCAAAGUUAAGGAACCUCUUAAUAGACAUAAGAAAACUCAUACUGAUGUGAAACUAUGUAAUGAAUGUGGAAAAGUCAUCAAAUGUAAGGAAAACCUUAAUUUACAUAAGAGAUUUCACGUAGGAGAGAAACCUUAAAAAUGCAAGGAAUGUGGAAAACUGUUGAAGUGUAUAGAAACUUUAAAAAAUAAAGAAAUUCCUUCUGGAGGGAAAUCCUUUUAAUGUACUGAUAUUGAAGCCUUGUCUUCUGGGUGUCAUUAUCCCUGUUAUGGAGAAAGAAGGUAAAACUUUACACAUCCUAGGUAGAGUCCUCCUGCUUAACAAGGUUGUUUCUUGUCCUUCAUUCCUGAAGGUUAAUUACCUCAGGGAGGGGAUGUCCUGAGAGAAAAAUAAAUUAGACUGAGGGAGGGAAGGCUGUGCAAGGUUACCAGCCUGCCUUUGUUCUCCAGAACCAUCUGGGUCCAGUGGCCAGAUAACAGUUCUGGAUGAUUGGAAAUAGCCCUGGAAGCAGGAGGAGGCAUUAAGUUAGCAUCUUUAACAGGUUUGACUAGGAAUGCCUAUUCAGUGAUUAAGGCUGGUAAGGCUCUGGUGAUCAGAAGAACUGGGGAGAAUCCUGGCUUUCUGACUUAUUGUCUUCCUCACUUAGGGUAACUUAUUCAACUUUUUCUGGGCCUCAGGUUCCUCAUUUCUAAAGUCAGGGGUUUGAACUAGACAAGGGCAUCUUAAGUUAUUUUGCAACUCCAUGUACCAGCCUGCCUGUACCUGAGAGUUUUAUCAGCAGGGUUUCACCCUUUUGGGGGUUCAUAUCAUUGCUUAAUAAUACUUUAGAAAAAGUGUUUUCUAAACUUUAAUAGAAAUUUGGUUUCUGGUUUUUCUGGUUUGAUUGUUUUUCACAUUUUAUGUUUUAUUUCAUUAAUUAGUAUUACUUCAAUAAGAGUAUGGUUAGGAAAAGUCAUGGUUUGAAUUUUUUUCUUAUCUUUUCAAAAGAAUAUUCAUCCUGUUGUACCAGUUUCCUUUUAUGGUCCUGCCUCAAUUUUCCUGAGGCUUUCACUUCUUCUUCAGUUUCCCUGAAUUGUUCUUCCUCCAUUCCUUGAAUUGUUCUGCCUUCAUCCCUGGGGUUCCAACACCACCAGUCCCUCCUAAUCAUCAGGAUGUUUGAUCCAGAUAAGGAGAAAGACCUAUCUUAGACAUCAUGACC